GAUUUGAAUAUAAUACGAUACUCUGUGAGACACUCUGUAUAAUAUUCAAAACAAACUGUAAUUUAUCUUCAUCUCAUUAUAAUUUACUACGUCGGAACACACAUGAGCUUUGACCCUCCAACGAUAUGAAUAUUUUAAAUACGCCUAAUGUCUUUUAAUAUAAUUGCAUUUAUUCGCUCUAACGUAACUUGGACUAGAUCUGGGUAAGUUAUUUUUAAAUUACAUUAAUCAUCUCUCAUGGUACUCAUCAUCAAAAAAUCAAGAUUUAUUAAAGCGAAGGCCAAAAAGUGGGAGUGAUAUUAACAAUGAUUUGUCGUCAGAUAUUGUAGCAGUACUAAUCAGUCUUUAGUAGAAAUAUAUCAACAAAAAUGAGUGCUUCGUUAUCUGAUGAACAAAUAAAACUUGUGAAGAUAGUAGCAGAGAGUCAAGGCUUUAAAGAUUAUCAAAUGGAAGUCGAAGCAGGAUCUUUGAAAGGAGAUGGCUAUAUGGGAAUCAUCAACACGGUUAAAAUUUGGGAUAACAGCAAAGAUCUUCAUCUGGUGAUUAAAUCAGCACUUUGUGGGAAACAAGUAAGAGAACAAUCUCCUGUUAGGAAAGCCUACGAGAGAGAAAUUUAUAUGUACACAACAGUUUUGCCCGAGUUUGAAAAACUUUUACACGAGAGGAACAUCACGAACGGUUUCAAAGAAAAAGCAAAGUGUUACGGAAGUUUUCUCAAAGAAAAUGAAGAAUGUCUCAUUUUAGAGAAUCUUAAAGAAAUUGACUACAGACUAUGGGAUCGUACAGUACCAAUGAAUGAAGAUCAUGUUGCUUUAGGGUUUGCCACUUAUGGCAAAUUUCACGGAACUGGUCUAGCUUUGAAACACCUCAAACCGGAAAAAUACGAAGAAAUUAGCAAAAACCUAAAAAACAUUUUUUACAGUGAAGUAGAAACACCAGAAGAGAAAGCGAGAUUUGAAGAGAACUCGAAAAUCAUAUUCGGAAACGCAUUCAAGGCAGUUGCAGGAAAUGAACAAGCCACGCAAGCCCUCACUCGGUUCACCCAACAAUCCGAAAAGUUCUUUGGAGAAGAUAUAAAAAAAAUCGACAAAUAUUCAACAAUUUUACAUGGAGAUUGUUGGUGCAACAACAUGAUGUACAAAUAUACGGAUAAGGCAAAUCCAGACAAACCUAUGGAUAUGUGUCUCCUAGACUGGCAAAUCUCCUACAUUGGAUCCCCAAUAUUUGACGUCUCUCACUUUUUCUGUGCUAACAGUUCAAAGGAAGUUUUAUACAACAUAGAAAAAUUAUUAAAAAUUUACUACGAAAACUUAUCGUCUACGAUUCAAGAGGCGGGUUUAAAUCCCGAAGAAGUUUUAUCGUAUGAUGAACUGAAGGAUCAGUGGAAAUUCUAUGCGAGAUACGGCCUGUUUGUAGCACUGUUUAUAAUGAGGGUUGUUUUGAGUAAAGCCGAUGAAGUUCCAGAUUUAAGCAAAUGUGCUGAAGAGGGAAAAGAUAUGUUGCAAUCAAUCAGUUUGUCAAAACCUUCAAAUAAUGAAGAAAUUUAUAAACGUAUUACGGAUAUUGUGAUUUUUAUGGAUGAAUUUGGUUAUUUGUGAUUAUUUUAUUACUGUUUUUGUGAAAUAGGUACAGUAUUAAUAAAUGUACAAAUAAAAUUUUUAUUAUAAAUAAAU